AAAAUCUUUUUUUACCCCCUACCAAAGAGAUGAAAGUGAAGCUGACGCACAUAUUUUUUUUCUUGCUGGCGCUACACUGUGCCACACAAACACAGGAGAAAUGCGAUUACAGGAAGCGUCUUUCCGACAUUGUGCAGACAGCUAAGGACUAUUACUCGCGGUCGGUAGUCUACCUGGUCAGCCUGAAGGAUGAUGCCGUGAAGAGGGCUACGACCGAAUAUGAGAAAAUAAAAGCUAAAUACAAGAAGGCAAGUGAGGAGGGUGAGAUUAAGAAGGAAGAACAGUCUGAUCCGACGGAAGAGCUACGACAGCUUUUGGAGGCGUUGACGGCGAUGCAGUCAAAAUUUCAGUCUGGAAAUGUUGAUCAUGAGGUUAAAGUGAAGGAUGAAGAGAAAUCUGAGGAAGAAGAGAAAGAACAAGAAGAAAAAAUGAAAGAAGAAGGUAGAAGAGAAAGAGAAGAUCUUUAAAUCGUGGUAUUUAAAUAAAUUUUAUUUGAUGUUCA